CUUCAUCUUCUUCAAUGUCCCUCCUCUUCGGUGAUGAAUCAAUCUUCUUCAUCUUCACAGCCUCCUUUAUUUACAAGUUGCGGCGACGGGAAGGGAGUGAUGAAAGGAAGAACUUGCACAAACAUUCUUCCUUUUCUCGUCAUCACAGUCGCGGCGAUUGGAAGGGAGUGUCAGGGGCGAAAAACUUCACAAAUAUUCUUCCUUUUCUCGUCAUCGAUGCGAAAGCGCGAGUUUAUUGGUCAACUCCUCAUUUCAUUGUUCCUACCUCUUGUCUUCUACUCUAUAUGUGUCGGGGUUCCUCAGAAGUUACUGUUGAUGCAGUGCCUGGAUUAACUUAGCUUAUGCAUAUGUGCGU